AUGUCUUCAAGAACCUCUACGUCUGGCCGCAUCGUCGGUGACCUCCUCCGAACCUCCAAACAAGGCCCAUCCUGCGACCAUCUUCGCUUUCGACAAGCAUUCUGCAAAAGCCCCCGACACUCGCGCCAUGUUUCUACCGCAGCUCCUCAAUUCUCCGAAAUGGAAGUCGACGCAGAGAAGCCUCCGCGUUGGUCCCAAACUCCUCCUGCACUGAAAGCCCCUGUGCGCGUACGCCCACCGCGGAUACAAACGCCUCUCAAGAUCAACAAAGAUCAGCGGAAGCUGGAUGAUUUCUACGUCAAGUUUUUGGGAAGAGAUGGGGACAAAAUGCUGUCAGAAGAGACCAAAUGGCUAGCUGUCACAAACAAGAGUUUCGAUGCUGGACGGAGAGGGUUCAAUGACCGGCUUGCAUUUUUCGGCAAGCGUAUACUCGAGCUCCAGUGUUCGCUAGGACUGAUAAGCGUCGCGGAUGCUUCACGCUACCCAAAGAGCCAGGAGCAGGAUCCUUAUGGACGGCAACCUUUUCGACACCCUGCAACCGAGUCCGUAGAGUGCCUCCUGGGGGGGGCUCAUCAUUGGUUUACAAGUCACAAGCAACUCUCGACGUUGGCAGAGCAAUACGGUCUACCGGAAGUGGUACGGUGGCAUCCUAGGGAUCCCGAACGUCUUCAAGCAUCUGGCUCGGAACUGGUCUACUCACAAGCGAUCCUCGCAAUCAUCGGCGCUCUAGCCCUGGAACAAGGCGGUGCCGUGGCGAACCAAAUAGCAAAGGAGAAGGUGCUGGUGCCUCUUGGGCUGAAAUUAAAUUGGAAACCAAAGGCAGAGCUGGCGCAGCCGUAG